AUGCUGGAUUCAGAAGAAGAUGCUCAUCUUUUCAUUCUUGACGUUACCAGCUCUAACAGCUUCGUAUACGACCAAACUACUCUUCGUUGGCCUUACAUUGGUUUCGAUUUUGAACACUCAAAAACCUUCAAGAACCUGUCAGAACCUUUUGAAUACGAAUACCGUUCAACGUACAAUGAUGAAGACAGUAACGUCGCUGGUUACACCGCAGAAGAUGUGUUUGAAAAUGGCAGAGGAGAGUUCGGUUUGCCGACAAAAGUGAAUGGAGAACCGAGCAGAAACUUCGAUGAACUAUAUACAGACGGUAGAAUUGGGUUUGCGAGGUUUAAGGGUAACAGAACUAGCAUUAGAGACACUUUGCUGAAGAACUAUGGGUACAGAAAGUUGUGGCUGGCGAUUAGAGUGUAUCCAAAGUAAGGAUGGAUUGAAAAUGGCAGUUUGUCAAAGUAAUUUUUAAAAUUAAAAAUUUAGCUAAAACGAUCAGUAAAAAAUAUUUUUCAGCGUCUUGGUUUACGUCAUUGGACUUGGCCAUAACUCUAAAAAAGAUGCUCAAUUUCUCAUUGCCAAUGCCAAACAACAAGAUUCCAAUUCCGACCUGUGGUCAUUCCCAGUUACAUCAAUCAAAACCGGUUACUACAACGUAAAAACCAACAUCUCGGCCGUCGUAUCUUCUACAUCGUAUUUUAUCAAGCUACCAACCCAAUACUUUAAUGGAAUUGGCAAGAAAUUGAACAUGAAGUACGAUCAUACCAUCAGAAGAUACAUUGGACCAUGUAACCAAAACGUCAAUAUUACUUUUGGCAUUAAUGACAGGGAAGUGACAAUUCCAUUUGAGUAUUAUACUGACAAACUCGAAGACCUAUGCCAGCUUAACCUUAUGGCACAUGAUAAAAAUGUAAUCGUAUUUGGACGGCCAAUCUAUAUGAGUCAUGCAGUGGGCUUUGACUUUGAAACGAAUGAUUUGGGAAUAUAUACGACUGAUAUUAUUGACAACGAUGAUACGAGCUUCAAAAGUUAUACUACACGACAAGAUGUUAGAAAGACUGUAGUUAAAAAUCGUGCUAAGUAAAAAUAAAUGUUAUGGUUGCUUAUAUUCAUUUUUAUUAAACGACCAGUUAAUUUGAAAAAUAAUAUUUAUAGUUAGCUUCUUCCGUAUUUAAAAUGUUUUGCAACGGAAUGCCAAACACAAUAAAAAUCAGACGAACUCGCUCGAUAUGAACUCAAAUAUGGACUACGUUCGGUCCGUUUAGCAUUAAAUUCGAAAUUUUACUUGAAGCAAAGUUGUUUAAAAGUAUAUUUAUAAUAUAAUAAUAUUGAACAGUCUUUUUUUAAUUUGGCAGUUUGGAAUCGAUCUGUUUUUCACAGAUUUAAAAACUUAGACAGACAACAAAUUAAAGUUAUUAAAAAUCAACAAAAUUAAUCCUAUUUUAGCGCAUUAUUUUAAAUAAUUAACUGGGUUUUACCCUAAUUGGUGAUGGUAUAUAAGAGCUUUCAUAACACAGUAGUACUAUUACAUUAUAAAUAUAUACUAGCAAUACUGUACUUACUGUACUCUACUGUUCUUUAUCUUUCACCUACGUACUUUUUAAAAUUGUUUAAUUACAAAAAGAUAAAUAUUAAAUUUUUGCUUUAACGUUGACUAUUUUGAUCAUGAUGACUGCCAACUAUCUCUACUCCCACUAGCAUCUUCUAAUAAUUUGACCUAUUUAUUGGAGGAUUCAGACCGUAACCUCCACCCCUUAAUACUUGACGUUACCAGCUCUGAUAGCUUUGUAUACGACGCCAACUCUCUUCCUUCGCCAUAUCAUGGUAUUGACUUUUCAAAGUCAAAAACCUUCAAAAACUUGUCACAAUCUUUCGAAUACGAUUACUAUGAACCUUAUAGUGAUGCUGCCAGUAGCGUUAUUGGCUACACGGCCGAAGAUGUGUUUGAAAGUGGCGCUGGAGGGUUUGGUGUGCCAACAAAAUUGAGAGGGAAAUCACCGAGUAAAGUCUUUAAUGGAGAUGAGGCUGAAGGUAGAAUUGGAUUUGCAAGGUUUGAUGGUCAGAAAAAUAGUGUCAGAGAUGCCUUGUUUGAGUAUCGUGGCUACAAGAAGUUAUGGUUGGCUAUUGAACAACGAUCGGUGUAAGUUAUAUAUAUAUUUUUUUUAAUUUUGAAUUUCGACGUUUUAAAAUUUAAAAAAUAAUAAAAUUUUCAGUAUCACCGUCUCCUCAGUUCGUCUUGGUCAUACCUCCCAGAAAGAUGACCAACUUCUCAUAGCCAAAGCCAAACAAGAUAACGCCAACAACUUUUGGUCGUUCCCCGUUUCCUCAAUCAAGACCAGCAACUACAAUGUAAAAACCGACAUUUCCGCCAUCGUGUCUUCUACAUCGUACUUUAUCAAACUACCCCUCAGAUACUUUACUGCCGUUAUCAACAAACUGAAUGUAAAGUACGACCGUGACAUCGGAAGAUACGUCGGACCUUGUGAUCAAGACUUAUUAACGACAAGGAAGUGA